AUGGAGCUUCCAGAGCUGCGGCUGGCUGUACAUGCACAGGAACGACGCCUUACAGACUUGGAGUCCCGCCCAGAAGGACCAGAUGUUUCGCAGGUGCUAUCAGAAGAUGCAGACACAAAGGAUGCGGAUGCUGGACCUGCCGACGUAGCAGGCACGCUAGAGCCUCGCAGAGAUGGCGAAGAGGAGCUCCAUGGAUUGGCAGAGCAACGGGUGUCCCAGCUAGAGGUUGCGCUGUGGUCCUUGCAAACCGUGGAACUUCCUGAGAUGCGUGUGGCUCUCCACUCUCAGGACCAGCGACUCCUCAGCUUGGAAUCCCGACAUGCACACGAUGCCACCGCGCAGGUGCUCUCGGCAAGCGAGUUAGUGGAAGACGUGGCAACGCGCUUCUCUGCAGGAAGCAACUCGGAGCCUGCGCAUGACGCCUUGGCAGGCAGGGUUCCGAGUGCACGGGCGGAACAUGCCGAGGCGCGAAGCAACGCUGGCGAAGAGGCUGCUGGCGGGCACCAAUCGAGGCGAGCUGCUGUUACUGUCCAUCGCGCUGGUGCGGAAGAUGGAGGCGGACCUUUGACCAUCGCCUCCGGACCUUCCGGCCCAGAGAUGAGUGCGGGUCCGGGCCCGUCCGUUUCUGCAGUGCCCGUGCCCGGCACGCCCAGCAUGCUCGGCACCGGCCGUUCCGCAGACGGCGAAGAGCGGCUUCAGCGGCCUGGGCCUUCUGGGCCCGGCGGCGACGGCGACGCCGGCAGUGGGGAAGCUUUCGAGGGCCUCGCACCCUCCCACCGAGACGGUUCCGGUGCCACCAUCAUCACAGGUGACGCAUGGCCCAGUUGGCCCAGUGCAGAUGGUGCGGCAGGGAGUAUUAGCUUCGCGGCAGAGCGCGCGGGUGAAGCUCGUGAAGCCUUUCGCGACUAUCGCGGGGAGAAUGCUGAUGGGGCGGCAGGUGAAGCCCGUGAGGCCCGAAUUUCAGAGAAUGCGUAUGACAUGAGCGUCCCGAACGGCAUGUCGCGACGCGCCUCCGGACACACUGGGCACUCUGCGCACUGGGGUGAUGGACGUGAUGGAGCUGGUGGCAGCGAGUCCGAAGUGCACUUGCCACAGUCCUUGGGAGGAGAUGGUGCUGCGGGCGGAGGUCGCGCUCGUGAAGGAGACUUUGGCGGUGGAGCCCCAGGCCCAGAAGCCCAAGAGGGACGCGUGCCUGAAGCGGACCGCGCAGCGGCGCGAGCUGCUGGGAGCUCGCAAGGGCGCCGCCAAGAAGUUCACGAAGUCUCAGAUGCCCAGGACGUGUCUCCAGACUCCGCUUCGCAGGAUUUCGAAGACAGUGUCAGCCAGUUGCAAUCCUUGGACGAAGCCUUGCUCUCCCUUGUCAGCCGCAGCACAGGCCGCGGCCAUGGCCAUUGCGAUGAGCGCGAUGAGGGCGACGAGGGCGGGCGCGAUGUGCGAGAAAGUUCAGGGCAAGAGUUCGACCCCUCCGAGGCGCCCAGCAGGAGUUCGUCCGACUUGAGCAGAUGUGCUCAGCGCGAGGAGGCUGAGACUUGA